GGCGAGCGGGCUACUACCGGGCUCGCAGCUUCAAGACGCAGAUCGCCGCACGGCCCGCCACACCCGCCGCUCCUGCUGCUGCCACUGCUGCUGCUACUGGGGCUGCUGCUAGCACCCCCAGCCGUAACCCCGGGGGUGCGAUCCCCGGACCUGGCACCUCUGCUGGGCAGCAGGCGGCGACAGCACCUUCCUCCGCCUGUCGCUACGUCGACUUGGCUACCCGCAUGACGGAGCAGUUCGAAGUGAGCAUUCUGGCGGGGGGGGCCGCGCUGGGGCCGUGGAGGGUGCUGCGGCUGCAGGCAACGGGGCCGCAGGAGGACGGAGUGCACCGGCUGUGCGUCAGGAGCUUGCGGAUGUACGGUACGGCUCGCAUAGAUCUGAUGCAGCAGUACAACGGCUUUGUCGUACAGCCCGAGUGGAUCUUGCCUGCCCGCGUGGACUGCAGCAGGUGGGGCGGCAGCACUGGCAGCAGCGGGAGCGGCGGUGUGGGCAGCGGCACAGUUGCUGGAGUUUGGUAGUGAAAGGUUAGGUAAUGUAACACAUCAAUGCGACAUAGCUUUAGUCGUAAGUUGUUGCAGCAGGAUUGUAGGAGACUUUUUGCGACGUAUUGUGCCAUCCGUAAGCAGGAAUGUAGUAAUAGAUGGACUGAACUUAAGCACAGCUGCGUUGACCUGUGGGUAAUGGCCGGGUUGGGUUUCUACUAUUCGAAAUAGCUGUCGGAGUGUACUGCAAAUUGAUUUAGACGUGGUUCGCAAGACAGGGGCGAGAGGGGGCGUUGCCCCUCAACGGAGAGCGUGGAGGUCCGGUGGAGCCCCUGCAUCUGGAAAGCAUGUUCAAAGGAUGCAAAGGGUUACCCCGUGUGUUAAAAUAACUGGCCGCGAGGCGAAACCCCGUGUGUGUGUGUGUGUGUGUGUGUGUGCGAUUGUUCGUCUCUCAACCAAUUUGCUUAACCAACUCCAGUCAUGAUACCGAAGGCCUAGUCGUCGUCAUUUGCCCAAAUGCUACGUGGCAGAUGGUGGUUAACUGUGGCGGCUUACUAUAGGUUGUAUUUAACCACCCAUCAG